AUGGAACGAGCUCACAUAGCCGGUCUAUCUGCUGUUGUUCUGGACAAAUCAGCGUUUUUGUAUCAACACUCAUUUGGCUAUGAAGAAAUUGAGACACGUAACCCUAUUACAAAUAGCUCAAUUUUUUUACUAGCAUCUAUUUCAAAAACGGUGAUAGCCGUGGCAGCCAUGCGAUUGGUUGAACGAAAUCAACUAGAUCUUGACAAAGAUAUUAAUACGUAUUUGGCAAGAGCCAAUGUAACCGAAAUUCAUCAUCCGCUCUAUCCGAUGGAUAAGAUCACUAUGAGACACUUGUUAACUCACACAUCGAGCAUCAAUACCAAUGAAGAAAUGGUGUUUGGAUUUUAUUUGCCUGAAGAUAAUUAUUUGAAUAGAACAAUUCGUGAACUAGUUUCAGAUUAUCUGGUACCUGGUGGAUCUCUCUACCAUCCAAUCAAUUGGAUAAACAAAACGAUAGGUACCCAGUUCCACUAUUCAAACAUGGCAACGUCCUUGGCUGCUUUGAUCAUUGAAGUAAUUGUCAAUACAUCAUACGAUGAUUACGUCAGAGAGAAUAUUUUUCACCCAUUGGAUGUGUAUGACGCGCGUUUUGCUCUCGGUGAUCAACGUAAAAAUCUCGUUCACCACUACGCUUACAACAGUUCUCUAGCAUCAUGGGAAUUGUAUCUACCUCAACUACACGUUCAAGAAAUCCCCAAUACGUACUGGCUUCAAAUUGGCUUCUUCAGCUUUCGUGAGUGGCCAGCAGGUCUUCUUAGAAUGUCUUCCACAUCACUUGCAAAAUAUUUACAAAUGUUCUUGAACGAUGGUACGUCUUUGUCAGGGGUUAAAAUUCUUGAUUCUCAUUCAGUAGAAGUCAUUCGAACAAUUCAAUAUCAGAAUCUAGUGGCUCCCAUAUCAGUUGGUCUUUUAUGGAAUUAUGCAAAUAUCAGCUCAUCGAUAUUUCAUAAAAAUCGAACAGUGUUCGGUCAUCGGGGUAGUGCACUAGGAACGCUUACAUCGAUGCUCAUUGAUCCAACGACCAACAUUGGCACAAUUCUACUAACAAAUGCCGAUAGAGACGCUAAUGAAUACGAGGGACAACUCGUCCAACAAUUCAUGUCCGAUGUUACACUGCAUUUGCUUGAUUGCUUUUCCUCGCCGUCUAAUGUAGCCACUAAUAUAUAUUCCUAUAAUUUGCUCUUUCUUUUGUUAACAUUUAUCCAACGAUAUUCUGUUAUGUAA